UCCCAUUGUUAGGGCGGAGAGACAAGUAUCUUGUCAGUAUAUCCAUAACCUUCGUUUGAAACGCGCAUCAUUAUGCUGUGAAUACUGACUGCAUCGGAGCUCCGGUAUCAAUAUCCCAUCACCAGUUGGGUUAGCAGUUUGGUAGGGAAAUAGAAAGUAACUAUCGCACUCGUGGUCGUGCUAGAAUCUGAAUUCACGGAGCCAUGGCGUCAAGUCUUGUUGCUGUCAUUUUGUGUUGGACUCUGAUCCCGUUCGUGACAGGUGAGUUUGGCAAUUUGGAAAUCUACAACGAACAAACAUUUUUGUUUAGCUUUAUAUCAGUCUGUGAUAUUGUUCGAUUUUUUUUUCAGAGCUAGACAAGCUUGCUAAGUGAAAGAACAUUAUUAUAUUCCGUUUGCAUUGCUCAAUGUCUGAGGUGUGGCGAGUCUGUCUGUCUAACAUGCUAACGUCAGUUAGCUAAUGUCUGUUGCUAGCUACAUUUUUUAUGACUAGUUAAGCCAUAAUUUAUGGCAUGACUUUGCCUUUGAACUCUAGCAUGUUUGAACUAAAGCGCUUUUCAGACGUCCAGUGGAAUAUCGCCGAAGUACCCGGCCAAACGCAGCCGUUGUCUUAAAGCGGAUAGUGGCUUCACACACGACUCAAAAGACGGUCGGUGGUCAAUCUGACGUCUACAUUGGGCCGUGCAACCUUUACGGUGAUAUGGCCUCUGCUGAAGUCAGGGCGGUCAUACUCCGCCGAACAGCGCAGAACUGCUGUGAAGGAAGUUUUCUUCUUCUUCAGUGGGGUUUAUCGGCAGGUUGGCAUCCAACGUUAGGGUGCAUUACAGGAAGUUGUCUUCUUCUUCUUCAGUGGGGUUUAUCGGCAGGUUGGCAUCCAACGUUAGGGUGCAUUACAGGAAGUUGUCUUCUUCUUCUUCAGUUGGGUUUAUCGGCAGGUUGGCAUCCAACGUUAGGGUGCAUUACAGGAAGUUGUCUUCUUCUUCUUCUUCUUCAAUGGGGUUUAUCGGCAGGUUGGCAUCCAACGUUAGGGUGCAUUACAGGAAGUUGUCUUCUUCUUCUUCAGUUGGGUUUAUCGGCAGGUUGGCAUCCAACGUUAGGGUGCAUUACAGGAAGUUGUCAAGGAAGUGAGUUUGUGUUUAUACAGGACCUCCCGCUUUCACCUACCGUGAACCAAUCAUGUCAAUACGGAGCUAUACAUAGUCCUGAUGGUGCAGAGAUGGCAGGAGCAACUGGAAUAGAGAUAAUAAGGGAAGGCAUUUAUUUCAAGUACAGAGGAAAGUCGGGGAGGACGGCAGGAAGGGACAGAAGAGAGGAGGCUAUUUUUAAAAGAUGAAGGGUGGGACACAGCCAGUUGAAUAAGACAUUAAAUGUGGUAGGAAAGCGUGAUUACUGUCAGGAAACAGAGACCGUGGAGCAUGUAUUGCUAGUGUGGGCAGUACAUUUUUACAUUUUAGUCAUUUAGCAGACGCUCUUAUCCAGAGCAACUUACAGUCAGUGAGUGCAUACAUUUUUCAUACUGGCCCCCCGUGGGAAUCGAACCCACAACCCUGGCGUUGCAAGCGCCAUGCUCUACCAACUGAGCUACGGGAGGCCCAGUAUCAGAGUGAAAGCGAGAGGAUGAGAUCUAGUAUGAGGGAGAAGGGGAUACAGGAAGUUAGUUUAAAGAGUAUAUUGAGUAGAACGUCAUUAGAUAUAGUCUCAAAUAUUUUGUUAUAUUUUUUAAGAGAAACUGGGUUGGCAGGUAGGAUUUAGUUUCUCCCUGUCUCUGGCCCACACUCCAGUACAGGAGGUGGCGGUAAUGCACCAUAACGUUGGAUGCCAACCGCCGAUAAAUCCCACUGAAGAAGAAGAAGGUGCCUCAACCACAUUUUCAGAUCAAGCAUAAAUAGGCUCUCACAAGGGGACAGCCCAGUCUAUGCGACGGCCGCCGGUGACUGUAGCAACGAAAUAAACAAACAUUAUCGAAGUGCAAAAAAAUCUACGCUGUAACACAUGCAACAAAAAUUAUUAAUCAAAAAAUGGAUUAGAAAACAAUUAUUUUUUAUGUAAAACGUGACUCUGUAAACUGCUAGUGUUAGCCAGCUAGCUAGCUACAUAGAGCGGUCAUGUCAGCUGGUCCUGCUGUUGGUACGUGUUGAUGUAUCACCACAUGGGCUACAUUUUUUACUGUGAUUGGUCAACAAACACAGCACUGCUUGCUUCCAUUGGCCGAGCACCGCUCCGCCUGGAUAGAAACAUUUCACCACGCAGACCACAUGACCUUCUCCCAUUCCUCCUCUGGAUCAUACAGAUGGUCAUUGGCAAACUUCAGACGGGCCUGGACAUGCGCUGGCUUGAGCAGGGGGACCUUGCAUGCGCUGCAUGAUUUUAAUCCAUGACGGCGUAGUGUGUUACUAAUGGUUUUCUUUGAGACUGUGGUCCCAGCUCUCUUCAGGUCAUUGACCAGUCCUGCCGUGUAGUUCUGGGCUGAUCCCUCACCUUCCUCAUGAUCAUUGAUGCCACACGAGGUGAGAUCUUGCAUGGAGCCCCAGACCGAGGGUGAUUGACCGUCAUCUUGAACUUCUUCCAUUUUCUAAUAAUUGCGCCAACAGUUGUUGCCUUCUCACCAAGCUGCUUGCCUAUUGUCCUGUAGCCCAUCCCAGCCUUGUGCAGGUCUACAAUUUUAUCCCUGAUGUCCUUACACAGCUCUCUGGUCUUGGCCAUUGUGGAGAGGUUGGAGUCGGUUUGAUUGAGUGUGUGGACAGGUGUCUUUUAUACAGGUAACGAGUUCAAACAGGUGCAGUUAAUACAGGUAAUGAGUGGAGAACAGGAGGGCUUCUUAAACAAAAACUAACAGGUCUGUGAGAGCUGGAAUUCUUACUGGUUGGUAGGUGAUCAAAUACUUAUUUAAUGCAAUAAAAUGCAAAUUAAUUACUUAAAAAUCAUACAAUGUGAUUUUCUGGAUUUUCUGGUCUCUCACAGUUGAAGUGUACCUAUGAUAAAAAUGACAGACCUCUACAUGCUUUGUAAGUAGGAAAACCUGCAAAAUCGGCAGUGUAUCAAAUACUUGUUCUCCCCACUGUAUGUGUUUCUAUACCUGUAGAUAUUGUUGUUGCUGUUGUCUUUGCUGUCGGUCUUUCGAACACAAGUCAGUACCAUGAGUUUUCUACCCAGCUGUGUCCAACUCCGACCUAUAAUGUCUUUUUUCUUUUCUACCCAGCUGGAGAGGACUGUGAAGCCUACAUAAAUGCCUACGGCCGUUACAAAUCCAAUCUGGACUGCAGUUUGCUGUGGUGCUGUGGAACGUGUGAGAAUAGAUACUGCUGCGGCAUCCAGUCUCUCCGGCUGAGUGAGUCUAAACAGGACAGCUGCGUGUUCAGGUAGGAGGGAAAAAACGAUGUCC